UCAGUGUCAUUUAAAGUGUGUUUUUACGUUUGUGAAUCUAAUUUUAAUGUAUUUUUAGUUUUGUUGAUAAAGUUUAAAGGUUCUGGCUCCUCCUACACAUUUUUACUUUGACGCCACACCUCAAAAAUCCGUUUCACUUCCUCGUAACGGUGAGUUGACUUUUGAUCUACAAAUGUUAGGAUUUUAAUCCAACUUCACAACGAGUGACAGAACCGGGACCUCGGUUCUCAUCGGUCGGAACCAUGUCUAAGAAAACAGAACCCUACGACGCAUGCGCAGCUUCUGUGCAAACCAUUGGGACAAAGGCAGAGUUCCAGACUGACUCGUUGAUGCAGAAUCUGUCAAGAGAAAACCUGAAUGAGCUGUUUCCUGGAUCAGAACAUCUAAAGCUGAGAAAGACCAUCUAUGAAAUCCUCCAUAAUCAGAAGCAAACUCACGAGUUCCUGAAAAAUCUUGAAGAUUUUAUCCAACAAGACUCUCUCAACGAUGUUGCUGUAACAGAAUACCUCCACAGGAUAAACAACAUAAAGGAUGAGCUGGAUCAGAUGCAGACUGUCCUUGGAGCUCAUGUUAAAAUGCAAGAGGACAUCAAGAAAAACCAGGUUUCUCAAAGAGAGUCAGAUGUUCAGACAGACUCAGAGAUCCAAACUCCACAAGAGGAGCCUAAUGAGCUGUUAGCUGGACAAGAGGAUCUAAAUAUUCAGAAGCCAACAAGUCAACUCCAGGAAGAACAUGGAGAAGUUACACAACAAGACUCUCUCAGGGCUUCUUCUACAGAGGGUGAAACAGUGUUGACUCUGCUUCAGGAAAUAGAAAAAAACAACCCAAAAGCAGCUUCUGAACUGAACAUGCUUGGUAUCCAGACUGACUCACAGAUCAAGAGUCUGACUCCAGAAGACUUGAAUGAGCUGUUUCCUGGAUUAAAUAAUCUGAAACUGAGAAAGUCCAUCUUUCAAAUCAUUAAUAAGAAGAAGCUGACAGAUCAGCUCCUAGAAAAACCUGACUGUGUUACCCAACAACAGUUUCUAAUGGAUGAGUGUCUUAAAAGGAUAACGUACCUAAAGAAGCAGCUCGAUGAGGCUUUAACUGAAGCUCAGGUCAAUACGACAGAGAACUUCAGGAAACGUCUGGAUUUUAAAAAAGACCCACAUUUCCAGACUGACUUGGUGAUCCAGACCUUGACUCGAGAAGGACUGCAGAAGCUUUUUCCUGGACGAAAUAAUUUUAACCUGAGAAAGACCAUGUUUGAAAUACUUCAUAAUCUGCACAAGCCGAAUGAUCUGCUUCUGGGAGAAAGUGGAGAUGUUACUCAACAAGACGCCGCUGAAGCAGACUACAGUGUCAGGAUAAAGAACAUGAAGGAUCAGCUGAAUAGGAUGUCAGGCGUCAUUGAAAAAGGUUAUUCAUCAAACUCUAGUGCUCCCAUGACAACCACUGAGAAGCAAAAAAGAAAAGAAAAAAGAAGUGACUCCAGCGGUUCACAGUGGUCUAUCCUAAGUUUGAGUGGUUCAUCACAGAAACCUUCAGUGAAGUACAAGAUGGUGGUCUGCGGUGAAACCUUUGGAGCUCAUCUUCAGCUUUUGGAGGAAAUUCAGACUUUGGGGUUAAAUUUGAUAAAAGGAAAGGAUGAAGAAAGCUGCAUCACCUUCCUUUUCUGUCCUGUUACAUCUCGGAUAGGAACAGAUGCUGAAGCAGCCAUGAGGACGGUCCCAGGGAGUGGUCCAGUCAUUCUGGUCCUCAUGCAUUACUCCCAGGAGGUCAACCACGUCUCCUCCUCAGAAGUCAUAUCUAGUGACAGUAAUGUUGUCUUGGAAGUCAAUAUUUUCUACCACAAGAAUCUCAACGGUUUGUUGAGGUGUGAACAAAAUGAAAACGCUCUCAUUAAGGUAAAAGAAGAACUAUUGAAGCAUUGCAGACAAAGCAACUGUGUUAUUCUUUAAUAAAGUCUGCUGUGUUGUUAGCUUUGGUUGUGCAGUUGUUUUUGUAAAAAAGGUAAAGCUAGCUUAAAUGUCUUUAAUGGCACAAACACUAGUCAAAUCAAAAUCUUGUUCAAAAUUGAUUUAAAAAAAUUGGGACAUUGAGUUUUGUUUUCACAUUGACCUUGUUCUGAAUAAAUAGACAUUUUCUUUAAGUGUUUUUGCUGAACUGGGUUACACUAUGGACGGGUAUUUCACUGUGUGCUGCAGAGAUGUGCAGAAAUCUGCUGUCUUGUCCUUUGAUUAAGUCUGAUGUGUUGUUAGCUUUGGUAGUGCAGUUAAAGUUAUGUAAUAGUUAAAAAUAAGCUUUUACAAAGUGCAACAGAUCUUUCAUAUCAAGAUCUUUGUCAAAAGCUGAAUUUAUAUGUUCUUCAUUAUUAUUAUUGUUUAUAAUAAAUAAUGAUUUUCCUUUUAUUUUUUUUUUGCAUAACUGAGUUAAAUUUACAAUAUAUCAAAAAUAUAUUUUAUGUGUUGCAGAAAUGUUUUGUUAUGAAGAGGAAAUAUGAGGGCUGACCUGUAUUAUUUAAAUAAUGGAUUUCUAAUCUUCAUUCUUCUUAACAAUAAAAGUUGAUUUAAUUAAUGGUCUAGAUUUGUUUUUUUCAAUGCAUUAGCUUGUUUCUCUAAUUUGUGUAAUAAAAUAUUGUAAAAGUACAAUGUGUUCCUUACCUCAACCUUUCUCUGGAUCAAUUUUCUCUGGAUUUAAAUAGAUUCUUGCAACUGAAGCGUUUUGGAAAGAAAAUAUGACAAAAAAAAUCUCUACAAAAUUUUUUUUUUACUUCCUCAUCUAAGCUAGAAUCUGGAUCAAAACUGUCCGGCCGGAUAGCUCCGAUAUUGCUCCCCAUUGUUGUUGCACUGCUAAUGUUGGGUUGGGCUUGAGAGAGACAGCAAGCGACAGAGUGAUUGUCAUCGAGAGAGAAGCAAGUCAGGGCGGCUGGCCCACAACUAGGAGGCUAAUUCUGAUGAACUCCUGUCUCCACGGAGCUUCUUGAUGGACAUUUUUAUGUAGCGGCGGUGAAGAUUUACACCAGCGAGACACAGAGCUAUCAUAGUCAGACAUCAUCAUAGGGGGAC